ACUGUUCAAUAUAAACCACGGCUGCAGAUGAAGUUCUCUCAUCAACAAGAUCACUCAGCAACCAUGAGGUCUCUGGUGUUUGUUCUGCUCAUUGGAGCUGCUUUUGCCUUGGAGGACGACAAGAUCGUCGGAGGGUAUGAGUGCACUCCCCACUCUCAGCCCCAUCAGGUGUCUCUGAACUCAGGCUACCACUUCUGCGGUGGCUCCCUGGUCAACGAGAACUGGGUUGUGUCCGCUGCUCACUGCUACAAGUCCCGUGUUGAAGUGCGUCUGGGAGAGCACCACAUCGUUUACAGCGAGGGAACUGAGCAGUUCAUCCAGUCCUCCAAAGUCAUUCGCCAUCCCAACUAUGACAGCUGGAAUAUCGAUAACGACAUCAUGCUGAUCAAGCUCAAAAGCCCUGCCACCCUUAACCAGUAUGUGCAGCCUGUGGCUCUCCCCAGUAGCUGCGCUCCUGAUGGCACCAUGUGCAAAGUCUCUGGCUGGGGCAACACCAUGAGCUACGAGGAUGAUGGUGACAAGCUGCAGUGCUUGGACAUCCCCAUCCUGUCUUACAGCGACUGUAAUAACUCCUACCCUGGAAUGAUCACUGAUGCCAUGUUCUGUGCUGGAUAUCUGGAGGGAGGCAAGGACUCCUGCCAGGGUGAUUCUGGUGGCCCUGUUGUGUGCAACGGCGAGCUCCAGGGUGUUGUUUCCUGGGGCUAUGGAUGUGCUGAGAAAAACCAUCCCGGUGUUUACACCAAGGUCUGCAUCUUCAACACUUGGUUGCAGAACACCAUGGCCAGCAAUUAAACUGGAUCCUUCUGUAGCCAUCUAACACUGCUGUAGUCCCAACUUCAUUCUGAGCACUAUGCAGUUUGACACAAAAAAAUAAAGUCUAAAAC